UGUGUGCGUUUGAAAGUCAGAAAGUGAAAUCACGCUAAAUGAAGGUCAGCUGAUUUUGGUCACAGGACUUUAAGCAAAGCAUCACACACAAAAUCAUUCACACAGAACAAAACAUUCGAUUUUCGAGCACACACUUGAUUCUCUCCUACUAACUCUACUUAUUUGCAUGUCCAGUAUUUCCUAACAUUCAUUUCUGUGUCUAAUAGAAGCUUGUCUGAUGAUAUUUGUCCAUGUCAUCGACUAACACGCUGUGACCUUCUGGGCUGUUAUAUCUGAUGCUGAACAACAGUUAACCUUGCUUUCUAUUCUUUGUGUCUGGAUGUGUAGAUAAGAUGGUUCUUUGCAAUGGGCUUUAUCACCGUUCCUUUGCUUGUGUUUAAGUGUUUUUUUGCUUUCUCAUCUUUGGCCUGUUUGUUGGGUUGAUGUUUUCUAAGCUCCAUGUUUCAUAUAUGUGAUUGUUUUUGAUGGGCCGUUGAUAUAAUUUGUCUGUGAUUGAAUAUCUCUGGACCGGCUCUAUGUGAGGCAUCAUGUGUUGGUUCAGAAGAGGACUCUGCGCUCUCCCUGUGGCUCUGGUCAUCUGGUCGUCCGCUACAUUACUCCUCUCGUACGCCACAGCGGUCGUAUUUGGGCACGCUGACCUGAUCAUUCCAUACAUCAGUGACACGGGCACUGAAGUUCCUGAACGAUGUGUGUUUGGCUUCAUGCUUUCAAUCUCGGCUUUCUUGGGCUUGGGCACAAUGUAUGUGCGAUAUAAACAAGUUCAGGCUUUGAUAUCGGCCUCUGAGUCUGUUUUACAGCUGAUGAACUACGCAGGUCUUCUUUUGGGCAUCUUCAGUUCUGUAGGGAUGUGUGUUGUCGCCAACUUCCAGAAAACAGAUAUAAUAUCUGUACACCUCUUGGGGGCGGGGCUGACCUUUGGCCCAGGGACAUUGUAUAUCCUGGUUCAGAAUGCUAUGUCCUUCCGCAUGCAACCACGUUUCCACGGCAAAGAUAUUCUAUGGGCACGUAUGGCGGUUGCAUCAUGGUCUCUCAUUAGCAUAAUAACAUUAUUCAUAUCCUCUGUGUUAAUGUAUGAUGCCCUGCCUGGUGUGGACGUGGCCAAGAAGUUACACUGGCAGCCGGGAGAGAGAGGUUUGGUAGCUCAUCAUGUAAGCGCUGCAUCUGAAUGGUCCCUGGCGUUCUCUUUCAUCAGCUUCUUUCUCACAUAUAUACGUGAUUUUCAGAAAAUGAAUUUGCACGUUCAGCCUGUUCUUCACAGUAACCAUCUUUAUCAUCACUAUCCUCACUAUGAAGGGAGGGAGUGUGUCCAGCAUGGAGAACAUUCACCCCUGUUGGCUGGCACCUUCUGAAAAACUCUGCCAUCUUGUGUCAGACAUCAAAACUGCAGUGUGUGUACAAUACUUCACAAACAGAUGCUCUAUCUGUCCAAAUCUGAAUAAUCCUGAAGUGGAAACGUAUUAGUAGAGAAGCAUUUAUAUUUCUGGUAUAUUUCAGCAUAGCUGCAUUGUAAAUGUAAUACAGUUACUAAC